AUGGAUAUGUUUAUUUGGAAGAGUGUCGUCGUCGGCCUAGCUGAGAGGAUAGUGGGGAUAACUAGGAGAUUGAAGAAUAAUGAGAAAAGCGACGCAAUCAACGAAGUACUAAUAUACGGCGGCGACACAGACGAAUGGAGGAGGCAAGUAGGCCUCAACAAUUUAUUCUGCAUUCUGUAUAUCAUAGACCACGCUGGUCGAACAAUCGACAUAUCAAUGCCGAGCCUAGAAAGCGAUUCGUUAACAAAAUGCUUAAUAGAAGUGAAAAACAGAAAUAACAUUGAGGUUCGUCUCAUAGUGCACAAUGUUACAGACCUUUGCAACCUGCACAGUUUAGCUGAUAACGGGAUACGCGUCAAAGUGAUAAAAUCAGCAGUGAAAUUGGAACAUGAAUUCAUAAUCAUCGAUGGUGCUUAUUCAGAUGCUGUGGCGAUUUUGGGUUCCUUGGACUUCGAAGUCAGCCGCGUCAACUGCUGUAAGGGUACGACGAUCCUAUCUUCGGAUUGUACCCUCAUAUCCGCUCUGCAGCUGGAAUUUAACAGAGUGUGGCUUUCCCAUGACGACGAAAAUAUAAAUAACUUUGACGACAGCGAGGAAGGAAGUUAA